AGAUCAGCAAGGCACAGUGAAUUAACAAAAAUAUGGAAACACAGCACCGAGCAUAAACCAGCACAGCUUCAGAUGAUAACCUUUUUGGCAAAUUAAACAGUUUCCAACGCAAAUUCAGAUUGGACUAUUGAGAAUGGGAUCGACAGAGAGAUACAGUUUCAGCUUGACGACAUUUAGUCCUUCUGGUAAACUUGUUCAAAUCGAAUAUGCAUUAGCUGCUGUUGCUGCUGGUGGACCAUCUGUGGGUUUAAAAGCUGUUAAUGGAGCUGUUAUUGCAGCAGAGAAAAAACAAAAGUCAAUGCUGUAUGAUGAACGUACAGUCUCCAAGAUGGAAAUUAUUUCAGAUCGCAUAGGAAUGGUUUAUAGUGGCAUGGGUCCAGAUUUUAGACUUUUAGUCGCUGAAGCUCGUCGCAUUUCUGUAAAUUAUACCUUGCAGUAUGGUGAACCCAUCCCAACGUCACAAUUAGUACACCGUGUUGCAGCGGUUAUGCAGGAGUAUACACAAUCUGGCGGUGUUCGUCCAUUCGGUGUUUCAUUAUUAAUGAUCGGUUGGGAUGAUGACACUCCUCAUCUGUUUCAAUGCGAUCCUUCUGGUGCGUAUUUUGCUUGGAAAGCAACAGCGAUAGGAAAAAACUUCGUAAAUGGUAAAACGUUUCUCGAAAAAAGAUAUAACGAAUCUAUCGAAUUAGAGGACGCCAUUCAUACAGCAGUGUUAACUUUAAAGGAAGGCUUCGAGGGACAGAUGACAGAAGAUAACAUAGAAAUAGGUGUUUGUGAUAAAGGUGGUUUUCGAAAGUUAACGCCCAACGAGAUAAAGGACUAUCUUGCUUCAAUACUCUCAUAACCCCCCACCCAGAGAUGACUGGUUGUGACACUAGAUUUUGUAAUUUACGUCGUUAGUUUAAAACUGUUUAACGAAUAGAGCUUGCCACUAGAAA